AUGACGAUAACCACGCUCCCGGCCUCCGCGCCGAGCACCAACGACGCCGACCUCGCUGUCCUCAGCGUCUCGAGGCUUCUCACCCGCUUGGAACAUAAUCUUCUCUCGCCGGGGGCGGACCUCGUCGGGCUCCGGAAGUCGGAGUUUCAGAGGAUGAGGGUUGGAGCGAACAUCGAAUACGCCCGCUCGAACCUCCACACCCUUGAACGCAACAUCCCCGCCACGAAACCGCUCGAGCGCCGACAUACUCUCCAAGCGGAAGUGCAGCGACACCGGGAGACGUUGAAACGACUACAGGCUUUCCUCGAGGAAAUCAGCGCCGAGGCGGAGGUUCGAGCGUCUUCGGCUGGACAAGUUGGGGAUGAGGAUCUUGAGGAUGAGGAGUCUGUAGAUGGGGAGGAUCUGUUGGGGACGCCGGAGGAGAGUGGUACGGAGAAUGAAAUGGGGAGGGAGGAGGAAGAUGAGCGGGAACAGGGGCAGGAAGAGUCGGGGGUAGAGAUAGGUGAUGGAGAGACCAAGGUUCCAGCUACGGCUACGGCGACCGCUACGCCGACAACAACAGCGACAACGACAUCCCCAACCUCAAUCUCAACCCCAACAGCCACGUUACGAAACCGACACAUGACCGCCCCAUCAUCCACCGAGUCGAAUGCGAAAGCCACGGGAUUCGAUCACCCCUCAUCAUCACCGGUGGCCACAUCUAAGGGCGAAGAGACGGAACAAACACUCUCAACGCACCGAGCAGAGCAGGAAGAUCUGACGACCUCGCUCCUCUCGCUAGCCAGCCAACUAAAGUCCUCGUCGCAGGCGUUCCAAACCUCGCUAGACUCCGAAAAGUCGGUCCUCGCGCGGGCCGUGGACGGACUGGAUCGCACGACGGGGAACAUGCAGGCUGCAGAGCGGCGGAUGGGGAUGCUGCGGCGCAUGACGGAAGGGAAGGGCUGGUGGGGACGCAUGAUGCUGUAUGCGUGGAUCCUGGGGUUAUGGGUUGUGGCGGUGUUGAUCGUGUUUCUGGGCCCGAAGUUACGAUUCUAG